AUGUUUGAUCUCAGUGUAGGGUGGCUCUUGAAAUGGUUUGUUGCACUGAGCGUUCUGAUAAUAACAAGUGUAUGGUUUCUCAAUACGGUUAUUAUUGAAUCAAAAAGAGAUCUACACACUAUUUCAUUAAAUGCACAAUCCAAUGCCGAUCCUGUCAGGAAAGAACAUGAAACUGCUGUAUACAGGAAUUAUUUAGUUCCUCCAUCGUUUCCACUAACUACAGGUCUCAAUCUUAGUAUCGGGUAUCGUCUCAGGAAUGGAAACUUCGGUGAUUUAUGGUCUGCGAUAAUUGCGAAUGGUAGCGCAACUUCAUUAGACUUUGAUUCAGAGAGCAAGAGCUUAGCAGAGAUUAAUGCUAUUGCAAAAAAGUUAGUGGAGAAGGUAGAAUUAAUUGGAGCCAAAAAGAUAGGUAUAUCUCUUUCUACUGAUUCGUUUACUGGGUUUUCUGUUAGCAUUGGGGGUUUGAUGCUUUCUUUGAAAAAUGUCAUGCCGCUGUUCCUCCACACUGUUCCAAGGACAGAGAUGGAUAUAGACGUACUUUUAAUCAGUAAUUGGAAAUCUGUGCAAUUUCUCAAUGGAAGCGAAAAGUGGUACAAAUGGGUUGUGGUUUGUGAAGAGAGCGCUGAAGUGGAAAAACAAGAAUCCUCUAAAAAUAUUAUUUCAUUAAAGCAGUUUCUUGGUGGAAACGUUGAGCCUGAUAAUGAGUUCUUGUAUGAUCCAAAAGACUCAUCCGAUGAUGCAAAGGUUCUUAUGCAAAUUUCUAAUCCAGCCGGUGGUUUGACAAGCUUUACCCAAAUGAGUCUUGUAAGUUCUGUUUCUUCGUAUAUCAAAAGCUUCCCCAUUGGACAUACUCUAAGCACUAAAGAUCAACUUACUAUUUGUCCCAGUUCACAGUGGAAUCAUUCUAUAUGUAUUCAAGCCUGGCCCAAAAUAUUUGCAGUAUUGUUACAUGGCGGAUCAGUGUCUUUCAGAAAUAAUGUCAAAAGUUUAAUUGAUUUGCCGAAGGAGACAACACUGCUUAUGAUUCCGCACAACUACCCAAUCCUCAAACAUUUAUUAAAUCAUUCGAAGGGAAUAAGAUCAUCACUAUCUAUAGCGCUAUUUAGUGAAGGGGUUUACAAUAAGAUUGGUCAGAUUUCGAGAAAUAUUGAUGAACUAAGAUGCGUCUAUAUUUUUAAUGAGCUAAAAAACGUGAGUAUAGUUACAGACUUCUCCGCAAAAAUUCCCAAACUUACAAAGAUGCAAAUACAAAGAUAUACCAGUGCACAGGUAACUCAUUUGAGAUCCCUGCUUGGAUCUAGGGUAAUAAUGGAAUUGUAUUCACCAUUCUCCAUUUUUGGCCCAUUGUGCUAUACAAAUUACUAUGAUUAUAGAGUGUUUCCAUCAGAAUUGGAUAAGCUAGUAACUUGCUAUGGUUCAUUUUCUACUUCAUUGGAAGGUAAACUAGUAGAAACGGAAGAAAAUCCGGAGCUUGAAGCUGAAAAGAGACAAGGAAUGUUGGUAGUCAGGGGUUUCACUAUUGGAAAGCCAGUAGAAGAAGAUAGGUUGGCAAACGCUAUGAAAUUAUCGGAGAAAUUCGAUGGUGGAGAAGGUUGGAUGCCCUUACUCGGAGUGUUUGGAUUGUUUGGAAAUGAUGGAUGCUUUUAUGAAUACAAGUGA